AUGAUUUUCUCUAUUUCAUCUUCCCCUUCGCUCAUCACUUCGUUCACCACAGCUAGGUUUCCCAAUUCUACUCCAUUAGUAGUAGCUUCUACUUCCAGAAUCUCUUCCUCCGUCGCCGCUGUCGCUGGAUUGAGGAGGAGCCCGUGUCCGUAUAUCACGUUUUGUGCUUCCAAGGUUCGAGGAAUGGAGGAGAUGCUGGACGAGAAAAAAGGCGGUGCAGGUGCGGCGGCAACAGUGUCGUCCAGCUCCUCAGACCCCCAUGAGAUUUUGUCGUCUCGGACUUUCCUUGAUGCUCGUUCUGAACAAGAUCUUUUAAUAGUAAUAACAAAAGAGACAGAAGCUGGAAGACUGCCAAUACGUAUUGCUCAGGGUAUGGAGGAGUUGUAUCAGAAUUACCGAAAUGCAGUGUUCGAAAGUGGACAGCCCCAAGCCGAGGAGAUUGUUUUGUCUAAUAUGGCUGUUGCAUUAGAUCGUAUUUUCAUGGAUGUGCGGGAUCCUUUUGAAUUCUCACCACAUCAUGAAGCCAUUCGAGAGCCUUUUGACUACUACAUGUUCGGUCAAAAUUAUAUCCGUCCAUUGAUUGAUUUCAGAAACUCAUAUGUCGGAAACAUCUCACUUUUCAGUGAAAUGGAAAAGAAGCUUCAGCAGGGUGAGAAUAUUAUAUUAAUAUCCAACCACCAAAGUGAAGCGGACCCAGCUGUUAUUGCUCAUUUGCUGGAAUCCACGUGUCCACAUAUUGCUGAGAAUUUGAUCUAUGUGGCAGGAGAUAGGGUUGUUACAGAUCCUCUUUGCAAACCAUUUAGUAUGGGAAGGAAUCUUUUAUGUGUGUAUUCCAAGAAUCACAUGAAUGAUGACCCUGAGCUUGUUGAUAUGAAAAAAAGAGCUAAUACAAAAAGCUUGAAGGAAAUGGCCCUUCUUUUGAGGGGUGGAUCAAAAAUUAUAUGGAUUGCACCAAGUGGUGGAAGGGAUCGCCCAGAUCCAGUCACAAAAGAAUGGCAUCCAGCACCUUUUGAUGCAUCCUCAGUGGACAAUAUGAGAAGGCUAACUGAACAUGCUGGGAUUCCUGGUAAUAUAUACCCUUUAGCAAUACUGUGCUACGAUAUUAUGCCUCCUCCUGCUCAGGUUGAGAAAGAUAUUGGUGAGAAAAGAUUGAUAUCCUUUCAUGGUACUGGAUUGUCAGCUGCACCCAGUAUCAGUUAUCAUGAAAUUGCCGCUGCUAUGGAAGACCCUGAAGAGGCAAAGGUGGCAUAUACACAAUCACUGUAUUCUUCUGUCAACGAGCAGUACAAUGUGCUCAAAUCUGCGAUACAUGGCAAGCAAGUUUCUAUCCGUAACUUUCCUACAUUUUGGUUUAUAACUAGGCUAAAAGUCGUUUGA